UUUUAAUUUUUGAAAGUAAUUUUUCUUUCAUUUAUAAAUAGAUUCAUUGGUUUAAAAACAGCAUUUGCAUUGCAUUUCAUUUUCAAUAUUUGUUUCUAAAGUAUAAUAAAGCAUGUGACUGGGUUUAAUGGCUCUCUGUUAGUUGUGUCACAUGUAAAACUAAAAAAAAAAAAACGCAAGUGAUUUCCGGUGUCUCUUUCAGUUUCUUUGUGUUUUUGUUUUCUAGGUUAGCUUCAUAAAACCAACUUGAAGAGAGAAGAAACAAAAGACACACCUCAGACCAAUAUGCCUGCACACCUGCACGCUAUGCUUUUUUUUUUUUUUCAACAAAUGCUUGGACUUUUGUUUUGCAUGGUGUAUUUAAGUAUGACUUUCAUGGCAUUACUGAUAAUAAUAACCAAUCUGCAUGACUUUGAGUUGACAUUUAUGACCCAGCAAAAUCACCAAUCUACAUUCCAACCUGGCUCAUAUUAGUCACUCGCGUAGGUAGCAUAUUGAAUUUUCACGUGUGUUUUAAUAGGUUGAUUAUAGUUUAAAUGCGUUUAAGCCAGUAUCUUAGAAUUCUUUUGAAGAAUUAGUUUGCUUUUCUGUCAUAAAGAGAUAAUCAGGAUUGUAUUAUUUCAGAACAAAGCCAAGUCACUGAACGACCGUCGUAGAUUGAUUUUUUUUUUAUUCUUUCUCCACCCCCCACCCCCCAAAAAACAUAGAAAUGACCUCACUGUUGAGUUUUCUCACACACCACCUCCAAGUUUUAAGUCUUGAGAGCUCCCACGAUUGGUAGAGCUUUCUUCCUUCUCACCCUUCCCUUAGUGAGUUCAGAUGACUCCAGACACGGGGUUUUAAUUCAAACUAUUUUAACCAGAUUUGUUCAGGAAGCAGUCGUUUCAGUAAAGCGCAUUUGCAGGGGAAACCAUUUUUUAUUUGCUCCUUCCCCCCUCUUAAAAAAAGUUUUGUUUUUUUGUUUUUUUACCUACUACAGAGACAAACCAAUGAUUACACACAAAACACGUCUUUCUGCUUUUUCUUGCUUUUCAGUUCGUUUCUUUCUUUCGGUUUUUUUUUUAACUUGAGCUGUAAUUAGUUUCCUGAACCCCUCCCUCUUUUCCGGGUUAUUUCUCAGCGCGUCUCUGUCCUGUGGUCCUCAGCUCAGCGCGGUUAUGACAGCUUGUCGCGCUUCUUCUGAACACGGUUUCCGCUGAUUAACAACGUGUAAUCAGACAUUUCUUCAAGUUUGCGUUGUCCACAGAUGUCGCGACAGCAGUGUGGGAAAAGUGGAAGGGCAGGGAAGACGAAUGCCCACUCUUUUUUCUGACAGGUUUAAAAACUGCUUGCCAGGUCUUUUGGGGAGACCGGCACCAGCGUGAACAGCAAGAAUGACCAUGCGAUGUUUAUCGCUGCGACUAAGACGAAAGCAGUUCCUUCCUUCCCUCCUGUCAUUGCUGACUAUAUCCAUCCUGCUAUUGGUCUGUGUCAAGCACAGCUACAUCACUGAACCUUCACAUAUUGGUACGGACAUGCAGAUAAUUCCCAAGUACAAUAUUGAUUGCUCUGCUAUUUAUGACAUGGACCCAGUGGAGGUGGGGAAAUCUCUGCUGAUCAAAAAGAAAGACGUUGUGGAGAUUAAAGAUGAAAGUCUAGCUUAUCUUACCUCUAACUGUACUUUAUUCAGAAAGUACAGGGGUUAUGAUAAUGUGUGUGCCACAGAAGAGGAGCAAGACUUUCCUAUUGCUUAUUCUUUGGUUGUGCAUAAAUCUGCCUGGAUGGUAGAGAGACUCAUCAAUGCACUGUACUCACCCAGUAAUAUCUACUGUAUCCACUAUGAUCAAAAGUCCUCUGCUCAGUUCAUAUCAGCUAUGGAGGGUUUGGCCCAGUGUCUGCCCAAUGUCUUCAUUACCAGCAAGAAAGAAUCAGUAUAUUAUGCAAGCAUUAGCCGAUUAAAGGCUGAUCUCAACUGUCUGUCUGACCUUUUGGGUUCAGAAGUCAAGUGGAAGUAUGUCAUCAACCUCUGUGGCCAAGACUUCCCUCUCAAGUCCAACGUGGAGCUAGUGUCAGAACUAAAGCAACUGAAUGGCAGAAACAUGCUAGAGACGAGCCGACCCACACCAGCUAAGAAACAACGGUUCACCUUUCACUAUGAGCUGAAAGAUGCCAGCUUUGAAUAUCAAAAACUGCCAGUGAAAACAGAGUAUGUAAAGAACCCACCACCACACAAUAUUGAGGUGUUCUCUGGAAACGCCUACUUUGUGCUUUCCCGGAAGUUCAUUGAGCAUAUGAAUGCCUCAGGUGUAGUGAAAGAUUUUUUGUCCUGGUCAGAGGACACCUACUCCCCAGAUGAACACUUCUGGGCAACACUUGUGCGACUGCCAGGUGUCCCUGGAGAGGUGGCUAGAUCCAAGCCUGAUAUCACAGACCUGAUGAGCAAAACCAGGCUGGUGAAGUGGCAGUACCUGGAGGAGCAGCUGUACCCACCGUGCACAGGGACACACGUUCGCAGCGUUUGUAUAUUUGGUGCUGCGGAAAUGCAUUGGUUGCUGAACUAUGGCCACUGGUUUGCCAAUAAGUUUGACCCCAAAGUGGACCCUGUACUCAUUCAGUGCCUUGAGGAGAAGCUGAAGGAAAAGCAGAAGUUAUUUCAAUCAGUAUCACUGACUUGUCGUAAAGGUUAAACGAUGGCUAAAAUGGAUCGGGAACAAAUAUUAUGUUCUUUCAGUGAUUUUUCAAAUUUGACUGCUAUUUCUUAUACAUCAUUAUCUUUGAAGUUACAAAUCAACAUAAUUGAUUAAUUAUAAUGAGCUAUAAGUAAUAGCGAAGGGGACUAAUCACUGUUUUCUGGUCUUUUAGAAACAAAAGUUUAAGUGGGAAAGACAAAAUGCAGCGUUGAGAUAUGAAAAUGGUGUUUACAGCUCUAAUAUGUUGCAACGUCGUUUGUUUAAGGAAAGCUGCCGAGCUGCGUUCUUUUCUCAGGGUGUUCUGUCUCACUUGAGUCACUUGUUUAUCUACAAAGACAAUGUUGGUUUUAUGGUAAAUGGUAAAUGGACUAAUUCUUAUAUAGCGCUUUUCUACUCUCCCGGAGUACUCAAAGUGCUCUAUAAGUUUUAUGUAUUUUUUUAUGUAUUCAGUUUUUAAGAGAUUUAUUUCUUAGAUUUCUGUCUUCACAGAGAAGUCCAGUUUACAAAAAACACACCCAUGAGGAACAUGUCUUAGCAGAAACAGUCGUCUGCUUCUCAUUGUGAAUGGGGAAAACAGGGAUAAUAUUUGUUUUUGUUAAUUGGUUGAAUGAAACUGUAAUGAGAGGUAAUUAUACAAUAAUGACUGGUUACAUUUUAAAAGCUAACAUGCUCUUGCCUGUUUCUGACGGAUUCCCUUUUCCUCUGAUACAUGUGUUAAAGUUUUACUACAGAUUCAGUUUUCGGAUCAUUCUGAUGGUGCUCUUGCAAACUAUAAUAACAAAAUAUUAUUUCCUCAACACACAGCAUGCUAUCUGGACAGCCCCUUUUUCCAUGAAAUGCAAUGGAACACAUUGGAUUGGUUUUUACACAGAAUACUGUGUAAAACAGAGGAGAGGUCAUCUAUUCUAUGUCAUCUAUUCCUCACAAAUUAAUCGAGAGCUAAUUUGUUUGCAACAAUCCAACUGGUUGAUGGAUACAAGCUGCUUUAGUAAGGGUUGAUUCCAACUAUAUAUGUAAUGCAGGUUUGCAUCAAACUAUAACGUAAAUUGGAAAAAUAAACAGCCUCUCAGUGUUAGACUGUAUAUAAAAGAUUAACAGAACUUGUUAGGUUAUAAAAGUAAAGGUCAUGGAGGAAACAAAUGCAGUAUGUGCCUGUUGAUGGGGAAAUAAGCCCGAUGUUCAUCUGAUAUGGCAUUAUCAAGUGACCUGCUUUAAACAUGUCCUUAAAUAGUUCCUUGUGAUUUUCUAGUCUUUGAUGCUUGAAUUGAGUUGAACACAACAAGGUGUUCAUUUUACAAAUUAUGGUCCUCAAAUAAAGUGAAAAAUUACAACAUGA